GACAACAAGCUACAACGGGACGCAACCACAGGACUAACACAAAUUAUUGCCUGCUUUUUUGUAACUCAGUAUUGAAUGUGUUAUUGUUUUAGUAUAACCUGGAAACAAUGAAGAGACUGAACUCAGUAGACCUGGAGAAAGCUGAAGAUGACUGGAGCUGGGCGAGCCAUGGCGUGUUGACCAGCGGCGGAGAUGCACAAGGAAUGAAUGCUGCUGUGCGAGCUGUCACCAGAAUGGGAAUUUAUGUUGGGGCCAAGGUCUAUCUAAUUCAUGAGGGGUACCAGGGUCUGGUGGAUGGAGGAGAUAACAUCAAACUGGCCCACUGGCACAGUGUGACCAACAUCAUCCAACUAGGAGGAACUGUGAUAGGAAGUGCCAGAUGUAAGGCCUUCACCACUCGCGAGGGCAGACUGGCAGCUGCUUUCAACUUGGUCAAACGAGGCAUCACCAACCUGUGCGUGUGUGGAGGGGACGGCAGUCUGACCGGGGCAAAUAUUUUCCGUAGCGAGUGGAGCGGCUUGCUUCAGGAGCUGGUUGAGAAAGGGAGAAUUGCAGAGACAAUGGCCAAACAGUUUAGCCAUCUUAACAUUGUUGGGCUGGUGGGCUCCAUUGACAACGACUUCUGUGGCACUGACAUGACCAUAGGAGCUGACUCUGCUCUGCAUCGCAUCAUGGAGAUAGUUGACGCUAUUAUGACUACUGCUCAAAGCCACCAGCGUACCUUUGUUUUGGAGGUCAUGGGACGUCACUGUGGGUAUCUGGCUUUAGUGUCAGCACUGGCAGCUGGGGCAGAGUGGCUGUUCAUUCCUGAGGUACCUCCACAAGAGGGAUGGGAGGACCGCAUGUGUGCUCGUCUAGAGGCGAGUCGCACUGGAUCCAGACUCAACAUCGUAAUUGUUGCAGAAGGCGCUAUUGACAGAAAUGGAAAGCCAAUUUCAUCCACUUACAUAAAAGAUCUGGUAGUUAAAAGGCUCGGUUACGACACCAGAGUGACAGUACUCGGCCAUGUUCAGAGAGGAGGGACUCCUUCAGCCUUUGACAGAAUUUUGAGCAGUAAACUGGGCGUAGAGGCGGUAGUAGCCCUGAUGGAGGCAGCCCCAGACACUCCAGCCUGUGUGAUUGGUCUGUCCGGUAACCACGCAGUCAGGCUGCCUCUCAUGGAGUGCGUCGAAAUGACUAAACUUGUCCAGCAAUCUAUGAAUGAGAAAAGAUUUGAUGAAGCUGUCAAACUGCGUGGAGGCUUUGAAAAUAACUGGAAUAUCUACAAACUUCUUGCAUUUCAAAAACCAGCUGAAGUUAAGGUCAGUGCUAGGACUGACUACUCUCUAGCCAUAGUGAAUGUUGGGGCACCGGCUCCAGGGAUGCACGCUGCUGUGAGGUCUGCUGUCAGGUUAGCCAUUGCUCAUGGGCACAAAGUCUAUGCUUUUAAUAAUGGCUUUCAAGGACUGGCUGAUGGAGAGGUGUGUGAGAUGAAGUGGCACACAGUCGCAGGAUGGACUGGUCAAGGAGGCUCCAUACUAGGGACAAAACGAUCCCUUCCAUCCAAAUGCCUUGAUAAAAUUGUCAGCACACUCAACAAGUACAGAAUUACGGCGCUGCUUGUAAUUGGCGGCUUUGAGGGCUAUCAUGGUGUGCUGGAACUGUUUGAAGCCAGGCGUCAUUUUGAAGAGCUGUGCAUCCCCAUGUGCAUCAUCCCAGCCACCAUCAGCAACAAUGUCCCAGGAACAGAUCAGUGUGGAGCGGACACAGCUGUCAAUGCAGCUAUGGAGGGCUGUGACAAGAUCAAGCAGUCUGCGUCUGGCACUAAGAGACGCGUGUUUGUGGUGGAAACUAUGGGAGGAUUCUGUGGGUAUCUGGCCACAUCCACUGGUCUGGCUGUAGGGGCGGAUGCGGUUUACAUCUAUGAAGAUCCCUUCACCAUCCAUGACCUUAAGACUAAUGUUGAGCAUUUGGCCGAGAAGAUGAAGAAGGACAUUCAGCGUGGUCUAGUGCUACGGAACGAAUAUUGCCAUGAGCAUUACACUACAGACUUCAUCCAUAAGCUCUACUCUGCGGAGGGAAAAGGCAUCUUUGAUUGCAGAGUGAAUGUGCUUGGACAUCUGCAACAGGGAGGCGCACCUUCUCCCUUUGACAGAAAUUUUGGUACCAAAAUGGGAGUAAAGGCUGUGCAGUGGCUUUCUCAGAAAAUGACUGAAAAUUACCGACAAGGGCGUGUUUUUGCCAACUCACCAAACACUGCAUGUGUGCUUGGAUUGAACAGAAAAGUUGUUGCAUUCACUCCUGUUGCUGAACUAAAGGAGAUAACAGAUUUUGAACAUCGGGUGCCAAAGGACCAGUGGUGGUUUCAUAUGAGACCAUUGCUGAAAAUGUUGGCUAAGUAUCAAACCAGUUUCAGUGAAUAUGUUCCUGGAUCCCUUAAACAUGUGACACAGCGCUCACUCAGUGUUGACACUGGUUUCUAGGCCACAUCUACUGUCAAACUGUGUGCAUUACUAAUAGUACCUUUACCCUUAUCUAUCCUUCCUGCCACAGCAGCCAGCAAAAAUAAAUUUAAGUAAAGGGCAAUUAUUACUAUACAGAUUGUUAUUGUACAAUUUAUAGAGCUUUUACUACUGAAAUUUUGACUGUUUUCAGAGGAGUUAAUUUAGUCCUGAUGUGGGUUAUUGUGGUGUUAUUACCUUUAGUAUUGUGAGUCUACAAGUUUUUACAGUGGCAUUCAUAAAAAUAAAACGAUGCAUGAGGUUAUAUAAUAAUUUAUUCAUUAACUAUCAUGAAAGUUUGCCCACAGGACAGUACAUUCAUUGAACCACUGUACUGUAUUUCCUGUAACAGUAUUCUAAACAAGUGUCAUUGUGUUUUAUAUUGUCCUAAUAUGAACUGUUUUGUGAACUUCUUAAACAUUUUUCAAUAUAAACUGAAAUGCAAAUUGAAUUACUGAACC